AUGGCUUCUGCUCCUCAGAUCUAUAAACCACAACCAUUGACCACAGCUCAAAAGGAGUUGAUCAAGGCAUCUGUGCCUAUUCUUGAGACCAGUGGCUUGGACCUUACCAAGACUUUCUACAAUUCAAUGCUCUCGGGAAACCCAGAAGUUAGGCCUUUUUUCAAUGACACUAACCAGAUCACCUACAGGCAGCCUAAAGUGUUGGCGUUUGCAUUGCUUAACUAUGCCAAAAACAUAGAUGACUUGACUCCAUUGACUGAUUUUGUGAACCAAAUAGUGGUCAAGCACGUUGGUUUGCAAGUCAGAGCAGAGCACUAUCCAGUUGUUGGAUCGCACUUGAUUGCGACCAUGGGCAAGCUCUUGGGUGAAAAAAUAGCGACUCCUGAAUUUGUGGAGGCCUGGUCAAUUGCCUACGGUAAUUUGGCCCAGCUUUUAAUUGACGCAGAAUUUGCAGAGUAUCAAAAACAGCCUUGGGAAGGAUUUAAGGACUUUGUGGUGACGAGGAUCGAAAAUGAGACCGAUGAUGUCAAGCUGGUUUACUUCAAGCCGGCCGACGGAACCAAGGUAGCACAACCUUUGAGAGGUCAGUAUCUCGGAUUCCGUUUCUUGAUUCCCGGUAGCGAUAUCGAGAAGUCUAGAGAAUAUUCCAUUUCAGAGUAUCCAGACGGCGAGUACCGUAUUUCAGUGAAGAAGCUCGACAAGGGAUUCACAUACCAGGAAACAGACAAGGAUGUGGUGCUUUUUGCCGGUGGUAUAGGUAUCACUCCAUUGAUUUCUAUCACAGAAAAGGCUCUCCAAGAUGGCAAGAAAGUCACACUUUUAUACUCCAACCAGCGAGCCGAAGCUAUUCCUUUUGAAAACUGGUUUAAGCAGAAGCAAAACGAGAACCCCAACUUCAAAUUCGUCAGUCUUAACGACGACAAGAACGAAAAACUCUCUCAAAGCCACUUUGACAGCUUGGACUUGCCUAACCUGGAAGUGUACAUGCUUGGUCCUCUUGGCUACAUGGAAUUUGUGAGAGAAGAGUUAUCCAAACGUGGAAAAACAGACAUCCACUCUGAAUUCUUUGGCCCAACGGCUGUAUAG